UCUGCCGCCGCCUCCGCUCUGCGGUUGGCUGCGGCCGGGUCGGAAGGAAGCGUUUCCCAGGUGACGGCCGCGGGGGCGGGGGGUGUAACGCAUGCGAUGGGGAGGCCCUGCUGGCUGCGGUGACCGGCGACCAAUAGGUUAUGCAGUAAAAAUGGAGACCUCAGAUGAGGAAAACUUUGGUGUUGCCAUCUCCUCCCCUUCUGAUGCAGAGUUUGAUGCAGUUGUUGGGUAUCUGGAGGAUAUUAUAAUGGAUGAUGAUUUCCAGCUAAUACAGAGGAGUUUUAUGGAGAAGCACUACCAGGAAUUCGAUGACUCGGAAGAAAACAAGCUCAUCUAUACUUCUAUUUUUAAUGAAUAUAUCUGUUUAGUAGAGAAACACAUCGAAGAAAAACUGCUUGAUCGGAUUCCUGGUUUUAAUAUGACUGCAUUCAUAAUGUCAUUGCAACAGCACAAAGAUGAAAUGGCAGGUGAUAUAUUUGAUAUGCUUCUCACGUUUACUGACUUCGUGGCUUUUAAAGAAAUGUUCUUGGAUUACAGAGCUGAAAAAGAAGGCCGAAGUCUGGAUUUAAGCAGUGGGUUAGUGGUGACAUCGUUAAACAAAUCAUCAAUAUCCUCCUCCUAAGAGGAGUUAAUGCACUAGCUUCCCUCUCCAGAUAAGUGCUAUCGCUUUCAUUUGGACAUUAAAACACUAAAGGUCAUGAGAAUCAAGGUGCUUUUACAUGAUGAAAACUUGACUCAUUUUCCAGACUAUGCCUUCAAAGGCCUAAUUCUAGAAACCUCUGUUUGUGAAUUCCACUUGUUAUUCAGUGACUACAGUAGAAGAAUAUUUCAACUCUACCAGAGUAAUUGUUUUUAAUAAAUGCAUACCACCUAUACGCCAGCCAAACUUAUACAUGCUGAGAAGCUCAGCACUCUCAGAAGGCGGUAAAUAGGACUAUAUGCAUGUUAUUUGGGUUGGCAUCUUAACCAUCUCCCUGAAGUGUAAUGCUUCUCAGAAUCAAGAAGGCAGUGUGAAAAGAGUAUGUCCAUCCUGCUCUGGGAAGGACAGGUACAAAUACAUAACCUUUGAGUCUCUCUCCCUCAUCAGUUUCUUUUUUUUCAUUUAUACUUUUACUUUAAUGUGAUCUGAAAUGGUCCAGCUUUCUAAAGGAAGAAUAUGUUUUAACAUGUAGGUGUUCUAGCAUGAGACUGCCACUCAUUUCUUUGAUAGUUGAUCUGUUAGUGUGUAAAUCUGUUUGCCCUUUGGCUUUUAUAAAUGCCAUCCUUAAUGUGCGAAGUUCUCAGAUUCACUCUUUUUCAGGCCCCAGCUAAUCUACAUGGCAAAAAUAGCCAUAAUAAACCUAAAUCCUGCCCACAGUAUGCAAUUUCUUACCUUCUUUUCAGCAGUGGUGUAUUUGCAUCAUUGCUUGUAACAUAAGCUUGGCAGUAAAUCAGACAGGCAUGUUUAGCACCAUGUCAUUUAAUGCUCUAAUUAUCAUGCUAAUUAAAAUGCAUGUGUUUGCUAAAUUAAUGCCUAAACUGCUGGCAAUAUUAGUGCAGCAAUGCCUUUUUCAACAUCCGUUGAAAAACAGAUGAAUUACUUGCUGGUAGAGCUGUAGCCUUAAGCCUUCCACUGUCACAAAACCCCAGAUGUAGCUCUGUCGACAGUUGGAAUUACAACAUAUUUGGAGCUGCAGUGACCCUCUCUUCUUAUGCUGUUCAGACACAUUAAUCCGCUGCUUAACGACGUGCUCAGGCAAUGCGAGUACAUCCUUAAAAGUGUAAGAGUAGAUUGAAACAUAUGCUCUUGAUCCUGUAGGAAGAAUUAUGAGCAGAAGAACCCCUCUGCUCUGUUCUACACAAGGUUUAUGCAGUUGGGGGAGAUGCCCUUUGCAGCAGUGAAGCUGUUGAUCAGUGGCUGCCACCCAACAAGAACCUAGCCUAUGCAGAGCAAAAUUAUGGCUGGGCCAUUACAGAUUUGUGUUUGUGGGCAGCGAAUGAGGUGAAAUCCUGUUUGUGAUGACUUCUGUCACUGAUUUCAAAAGGUCUAGGAUUUUGUUCUGCAACUGAAAUAAUUUUCUGCAUGCUAGUGAAGAAUUCUAGCCAUGCAGGCAAAAAUAAGCCAUAUUUACUACCAAAUUAAAUAAAAUAAAACAGGCUUGUGGUAAGAUGAUGAUGAUUUGUAGACACUGACUAACAGUGCUAAGGAAAGCAUAGUAUCCUGGUAUUUUGACUGUCUUUGUCCAUGCCAAAUUUAUGAAUGCAGCAGUAAUUAACCUCAUUAGGUUUCCAGUGUGUUUUGCUGAGCGCUCUACAGUUUUCUGGCUGGAAUUGUUCUAGUGUGUUGAAAUCUCCCUGAUUUGUACACGUACACGUUUCCUUUAAAAAAAAAAAAAAAAUCUACACCUUCAUGAUCUUUUUUUUCUUCCAAUAAAUUAUUUACUGUGGUCAGAUUUGAAUGAUAAAAGAAACAAGCUGAAGCAAAAAUUAAAAUUGCAAGAAGUAUCUGUAGAAAAAAUGGAAGAGCUAGCUGUUUUUGCUCAGAAAUCCUUCUGGAUGUGUUUUGAUCAAAAGCAAUUCUGUAUGCUUUCUAUUCAGCUGAACAUCACGCAAGCUCAGUUUGACUCUGUUUUCAGCCACGGUAAUCUGCCUCUGAUAUGUUAAGGCAGUAUGAAUGUGUUCCUAAAAUUGUUAAGUUUCAAUAUUGUGGUUUGAAAUACAUGUUCCUGAUCCUGCUGACAGCGGUGAAGUCAGUGAAGCUCUGUCCGUUUGGGUUGCCCCACCAGGAUUCACAGUUUUUUACAGGUCUACCUACCACCCUCACUAUAAAUAACAGCAUUUCCCUUGAGCUUGGAUGGCAGUGCUUUGGGCAGCAUGCACAGUUAGCGAGCAGAGAGAAUAUUUUGAAUUAUUUAUUCCCAGAAAAUAAAUUAUGAAAACAUUGGGUCACAUUUUUAAUACAGGCUGAAUGCAGUUCCCCUCCUUUCUGAAUCCUAAGGUUAAAAUGAGAGAAAUGUAAACCUUGAAUCUAGUUGUUUUUCUAUUGUCAGUGCAUGGACUAAAGUUCUUUUGUUAACUUCUUACCUGUACAUAUAUAAUACUGACUUUUUAACGUCAGGAACAGAUUUUAUCAACUUUUAAAAGAAUCCUACUGACAUUUUAAUUCAUUGUUUAGUGUCGAACUAAAAUAAUUGCCUGCAAGUAAAAAUACUCCUGUCACUUUUUAUUGAAAAAGCUUUCAUUCUUCCUGUUACCAUUGUUCCAGUUAAUUAUUGGAAAUAAUGGCAGUAUAAAUUAAUACCUCAAGCAGUUAUUUUCUGAAUGGAAUUUUUUUGUAUUCACAGUCACUUUUAGUUUCAGAGUCUGCAAGGCACAGUUUUGGAUGAAUUCUCAUUUUGAUGGGGAAGAGUAUCUAAGUGUUUGCUGUAUACCAAAGUGUCACUGUUUCACAGAUUUGUGGUGCUUCAUUUCUUGCUUUUGAUACACCUGUGCUAUGAACUUUGCUUUCUUACCUCACCAGUUCACUGUUUAGCUUUGUCAAAUUAAUUCAUUGUGUAAAAUAAUGUAAGUAACGUGUUAAAAUAGUUUUAUCUGUUUAGUUGUAAGAAGAGGACAUAGUUGAUCUGUUUAUAUUGUUUGUGCAAAGGGAAGUCUCUAAAUCCAUUGAACAACCUUCAUACAGGUGUACAUGCUCUUUGUAAAUAGUCAGGUGUGUGAUGAUGCCAAUUCAUGCAAAAGUUUUGUUUGAGGAUGGAACUCCUUUUUCACUGCAAUUUUAGGUCACAGUCUUUCCAGCACUAAAAUUUGCAACAAAUCUCUCCCAGCUUGAGUGGGACUCAAGACCAAAUCGUUUCUGCUUCUGUACCACUCUCAUGAAUGUGCUCUCUUCUAUCUGUAUGUUUUCUGUGGUCUGGUGUUCCUGGUAUAGUUCAUCUCUGUAACAUUUCUAUAACUAGUUUUCUGGCUUGAUGCAUUUUCCAUCUGAUAGAGAGUCUUUUUUUAAGAAAUUAAAUUUCUAUAUAUUGUGGACUAUCUUUGUGCAAGUCUGAUUUCACUUUUUAGAGUUUUAAUUUUGUCAUAAAAAUGCAUAGAGGCUAAUUUUCUUACUGUUACUGAUUUAUAUCUAUAAAUAUUGAUUUUUUUAUAUAUAUUUCUUGAAAUUUGACACUUCCUUUAAUUUGCUUUUCUUCCAAAGCAAAUAAAGCUAAAUCUGCCAGGGUCUAAUGCAGUUUGUCCAAUCCCUUUUAAAUUCACACUUUUCAUUAAUAGAUAGAUAAAUUUCCUGAGCCUACCUCUGUAGACAAAUUUUUAGAAUUUUUUCCAUGCAAAGUUUGAUGCGAGUUUGGAGUCUAGCUUACUAUGUGCUAAAUUCCCUGUGUAGAAAGAUCUGUAAAUAGGCUAAAUGUAUUUAAUGUAUUAGUUUUUACAAGAAGGAAAGUAUGUGAAAGAAAAGGUUGCUGUGUCUGUGUGGGCAUCUGUUCCAGUUUCAAGAAAUGUCACCUCAGGUUCUCAAGAAAUAAAAGGUCAAACUUGUCGUCUUCA